GUCUGCAGAUAUGGAAUCCCUAAUAUCUCCGCACGUCAACAGGAACACUUCAACUUGCAAAGACGGCAAAACGGCAGUUUCACAAAUAGUGGAUUUCUCCGUUUUUCACGACUUAUUUACGGACCCAAAGCUCGAGGAUAUAAACUAUACGGUCAUUUAUUCAUUUAUAGUUAUAAUUAGUAUAUAUCUCAUACAUCGUCUGAAACUCAAAUACUUUCAGGGAAAACAACAUACCCUGAUCCACGAAAACAAAGACAAGAAGGACCCGUGUGCUGCAGCAGGAUCUCGUCUGAAUGAGGAUGGUGUCUCUCUGUUCUCACUGGUUACGUUUAGUUGGGUACGGCCACUACUGGAUAAAGGACGGAACAGGUCCACGCUGUCCUCCAAAGACAUGUUCGCAAUGCCAAAUAGUCUAAACGGGAGAAAAGUGCAUGACCGAUUCGUGGAGAUUUUGCAGGGCAAUACUAAAUGUCCAAAUGGACGGAAGAACACAUUACAGAAGGCACUACACCAAGCCUAUGGUAUGGAUUUCUACCUGCGAUGUGGUAUACUGGAAUUCGUGCACAAGCUCAUUCUUUUCGCCUGUCCAAUCUCACUAGGAAUGUUGAUAUCAUUUUUUGAAAAUGAUGACGAACCGGCAUACUAUGGUUAUCGCUGUGUGUUUGCCUUUUGUAUGUCCCUUUUAGGAAAGGCGUUAUUCGAUAGCAUUUUUGAAUGUAUAAAUAUGCAUGUCUAUUGCAAAGUUAGGAUUUCAAUAAUGACAACUAUAUACCAGAAGGUUUUAAGGAUGAAUACUGUCUCUCUGUCUAAAUUCAGCACUGGCGAAAUGGUUAAUUUUCUUGGAACGGAUACUGACAGAGUAGUAGACUUUUUAGAAUAUUUUCAUCGGAUAUGGAUAAUUCCUGUUGAAAUCAUUAUAUGUAUAUAUAUACUGUACCACCUGGUUGGAAUUGCGUUCAUUGGAGGACCGAUUGUCGCUUUGCUAAUUAUUCCUCUAAGCAAGAUAACAACAACAAAGCAGUUGGCGCUCAGCAAUACACUUAUGGAACAAAAGGAUCGGAGAAUGAAGAUGAUGAAUGAAGUGUUUUGUGGAAUAAAGAUUAUCAAGUUCUACACUUGGGAGCAUCACUUUCGAUCGGUGAUUGAUAAACUGCGUGAGGAGGAGCUACAAACCAUUAAGUGGAAAAGACUUCUUAGUGCCAUCAUAGAAUACCUGUGGAUAUCGGCCCCUAUCCUAAUGACCUUGUUGACCUUCAGCGUCUAUUCUAUACUAGGACAUACAUUAACGGCCUCUAAGAUGUUUACUUGUGCGUCCGUAUUUAUGAAAAUUAGUGCAUCAGCGCGUCGACUUCCCAUGGCGUUCAAUCGUAUUAUAGAAGCAGUUACCUCCCUUGAAAGGAUAGAGAAAUUUGUAGCGUUACAGGAUAUUGAUCUCGAUAUCUACUACCAACGAAUACAGGAAUCUAACAAUUCUAAAAAGGUGAUAUCAGUGAAUUGCGGGAAAUUUACAUGGGACGAGGAGAUAAACUCUGUACCAAUCGAAAGUCGGAUCGAAACCGCAAAAUCAAAGGAGGAAAUCAUCCCGUCAAGAACGUUAACUCUGGAAAAUAUUACUAUCGAUAUCAGAAAAGGCCAGUUCAUAGGGGUGAUCGGUAAAGUAGGUGCGGGUAAAAGUUCAUUCCUGCACGCUGUGAUGGCCGAGAUGGUUAGGGAGGACGGACGUAUUUCUGUAUCCAACCUCGAUCAAGGAUUUGCCCUGGCGAGUCAGGAACCAUGGAUACAGCAGGCAACUAUACGAGACAACGUCCUGUUUGGCAGUCAAUUCGACUCCAAGAAAUAUGCUGAGAUUCUUGAUGCAGUAUCAUUACAGAAAGACAUACAGAUUUUACCUGCUGGAGACAAGACGGAAGUUGGUGAAAAUGGUGUUACUUUAAGUGGAGGUCAAAAAUCUAGGCUAGCACUCGCGAGAGCAAUUUAUCAGGAUAAAGAUGUUUACCUUCUUGACGAUCCCCUAGCAGCAGUGGACAGUCAUGUGGCACAGCAUAUAUAUGACAAGUGCAUUAUGGGAUUGCUACAAAAAAAGACAAGAAUUCUCUGUACACAUCAUGUGAAAUUUCUUGGAAAAGCAGAUCUAAUCAUUGUAAUGGAUGAUGGAGGCAUUUCCAAAAUAGGUGCUCCAUCGGAAGUUCUUGACGAUAUAACAUUUGCUGAACAUAACCCAUUAUCAAACAAAACUGAAUUUGAAUGCGAUGACAUCGACAACGACUAUGACGGAAGUCUUGGAGAGGAAAUGAGAGCUACCGAAGAAAUCAAGCCACGUGUGUUCAAGGCUUUCUUGUCAGCGCUGGGUAAAUGGAUGCCGAUAGCCCUGCUCCUCUCUGCUGUCUUCAUGGAAGCUUUGGAUAAGAUAAACGGAUGGUGGCUAACUCAUUGGGUAUCUGGAUCGACGUUGACUAUCACUAAUACUUCCGCUUCCGGAUAUAGCUGUUUCCAUGACAACAUGACUUCGCCAAACAGCUUUCAUCAAAUAGUAUGAUUUAUACGACGCCGAUGAGAGCGUGACAGCCAGGCAAUCCAGUGUCUUCUACUACCUGACAGUGUAUGGGUGCAUCGCCGCUCUUUAUGGCCUCAUGUUGUUUGUGAGAGAAGCGCUGUUAGUAUACGGGGGAUCAAAUAUGGCUAGGACCAUGCAUAACCAGUUACUGAAUACUGUAUUCAAGGCACCAAUGUCGUUCUUUGAUGUCACUCCCAUUGGCAGAAUUCUCAAUAGCUUUUCGUCUGACAUGGGAAUCAUUGACGAUUCCAUUAAUGACACGAUUGAUGCUGUAAUAUACCAGAUGUUUGGAGUCGUUGGAACUAUAUCUAUCGUGAUUUACG